ACCUUAUGCUGUAAAACUCCGAAACACCAAGAGCUGGAUGUAUGGCCUUCAGGCCAAUAGUCACAAUAAAUAAAUACAAAGAUCACUGAGUGUGCAUGUUCUAGUUUGCUUGUACCUGCAAGGUUUAUUUACUUACAUCUUCAUUCGAAGUUGUUUGCGUUGUUGACAUUUGUCAGUUGUUUCUCGCAGGGUGUUUGGUUUGGAUGCGGUGCUAAAGAAUUUGUGAUUUUACUGUUUGUGUGAAAAUUUGAUACAACAGCGACCAUGCCGCGAAUUAUGAUAAAGGGUGGUGUGUGGAGGAACACUGAGGAUGAGAUUCUGAAAGCAGCGGUUAUGAAGUAUGGGAAAAACCAGUGGUCUCGUAUUGCAUCACUGUUGCACAGAAAAUCAGCGAAACAGUGUAAGGCUCGGUGGUAUGAGUGGCUUGACCCAAGCAUAAAAAAGACUGAAUGGAGCCGAGAAGAAGAUGAAAAGCUGUUACAUUUAGCAAAGCUAAUGCCCACUCAGUGGAGAACUAUUGCACCAAUAAUUGGGAGAACAGCAGCACAAUGCCUCGAAAGAUAUGAAUAUCUCUUGGACCAGGCACAGAAGAAGGAAGAAGGGGAGGAUGCUGCAGAUGACCCACGUAAAUUAAAGCCAGGAGAGAUUGACCCAAACCCUGAAACAAAACCAGCAAGACCUGAUCCAAAGGAUAUGGAUGAGGAUGAACUGGAAAUGUUAUCUGAAGCUAGGGCACGUCUUGCAAACACUCAAGGAAAGAAAGCAAAAAGGAAAGCAAGAGAAAAGCAGUUGGAGGAAGCAAGAAGGUUAGCUGCUUUACAGAAAAGGAGGGAACUGAGAGCAGCAGGCAUUGAACUGGCUGCAAGGAAGAAGAAAAAGCGCGGUGUUGAUUACAAUGCAGAAAUACCUUUUGAAAAGCGCCCAGCUCCGGGCUUUUAUGACACAAGUAAAGAAGAAAUAGAUCCAGCAGCUCCAGACUUUUCACGAUUACGACAGCAGCACUUGGACGGGGAACUACGAACAGAAAAGGAAGAGAGAGAAAGGCGAAAGGACAAGCAGAAGUUAAAACAGCGUAAAGAGAAUGACAUACCAGUGGCCAUGCUACAAAAUCAGGAGCCAGCAAAGAAGAGAAGCAAGCUUGUCUUACCAGAGCCCCAGAUAUCUGAUCAGGAGCUGCAGCAAGUUGUGAAAUUAGGCCGAGCAAGUGAGACGGCACGUGAAGUGGCGACAGAAAGUGGGCAGCAGCCAUCUGAUGCUCUGCUGGCCGACUACUCACUGACACCUGCAGGUGCAGCUCGGACUCCCCGUACACCGGCACCUGCCACAGACAGAGUCCUGCAGGAGGCACAGAAUAUGAUGGCUCUCACACAUGUCGAUACACCACUGAAGGGUGGCCUCAACACCCCACUCCACAGUUCUGACUUCAGUGGUAUCACUCCCCAGAGGGAAGUUGUUCAGACACCUAACACUGUCCUAGCCACUCCAUUUCGUAGCCAGCGUAGUGAUGUUCAUACUCCAGGAACUGUAACUGGGGGUUUCAACACACCACGUUCAGAAGUUGCCCUCUUAGGAAGUUCACGAACCAACCCUACACCAGUUCGUGACAAACUCAGUAUUAACCCAGAGGAUGGUUUGGAUGUUGGGGAUACGCCACAGGCCUUCCGUGACUAUCAAAGACAGCUGAAGGAGCAACUUCGGCAGAGUUUGGGGUCACUCCCUGCACCACGCAAUGACUAUGAAAUUGUUGUGCCUGAAGAAGAGGAGCAUGAAGUUGCACCAGAAGCAACAAAUUCAAUCGAAGAUCAGGCAGAUGUUGAUGCUCGAUAUGCAGCUGAGUUGCAGGCCAAACGUGAGGAAGAAAUGCGUGCACGAUCUCAGGCUGUACAGAGGGACUUACCUCGUCCUCAAGAAAUAAACACAGCGGUGUUAAGACCGCCUCACACUGACCCACCUCUCACAGAGUUACAAAAGGCUGAAGAGCUGAUCAAAAGUGAAAUGAUAACAAUGCUUCACUAUGAUGCUGUCUACUCCCCUGUCGCCAGCCAGCAGGAAGCCAAGAAGAGAGGACAGAUUAUGACACAGGCACAACAUCUUGCAUACCUUGAGCAACACCCAUAUUCAAAUUAUUCUCAGGACCAAGUAGCACAGGCACGUGAGAUUCUUAAGAGAGAAAUGGAAGUGGUCAAGCAGGGUAUGGGCCAUGGAGAACUGUCACUAGAAUCAUAUACCCAAGUGUGGGAAGAAUGUCUUGCUCAGGUAUUAUUCUUGCCCACACAAAACAGAUAUACACGAGCAAAUCUUGCAAGUAAAAAAGAUCGUCUUGAAUCAUUGGAAAAGAGACUUGAACAAAAUCGAGGUCAUAUGACAAGAGAAGCAAAGCGAGCUGCCAAAAUGGAGAAGAAAUUGAAAAUACUUACUGGUGGAUAUCAGUCUCGUGCACAAGCUCUUAUAAAGCAGCUGCAUGACCUGUACGAUCAAAUGGAACAGUCGUAUCUCGAGCUUUCAACUUUCAAAUUCCUGCAGCAGCAAGAAAUGGCUGCUAUACCACGAAGAUUAGAGUCUCUAACGGAGGAUGUGAACAGGCAAACAGAAAGAGAGAAGGCACUACAAAAAAAGUAUGGUGAACUUCAAGAAACUCUUGAACAGCUACGUUCAGCUCAAGGCUAAGUCACUGUAUAUUUGUAUUGAAAUUAUGAUUUUCGUUAAAAGUAGAGUUACUUUUUUAUUGCCAGACAAUAAGGAAAAAUAGGUUCUUCCACAAAGUCAUGUAUAUUAGAAAAUCGUUAUAAUAUGCUUAUUCUAUGACAUGAUGUUAAUUACACAGCUAGAGGUAAAGUGCACAAUAUAUUACUGAAGUAUUGGCUUUCAGAUCAUGUAGAAAAGGGAGAGAGAAAUACAGAGGUAAAAAGUCAUCAGUUUAAUCUCAGCAGUUUGAAUAAAUCACGGCUUGCAACAGUCAGUAGUUAACUAACAACUUACCUAAUCAUGUAGUACACUUCCUUUCUAAAUUUCCCAAAAAAUAUUUCUGCCAGAUGUACCACAUUGUAUCUUACAUGUAAGAAUAUUUUCUUAAUUCGAAUUGUAUUUGCACUAUCACUGACAAUCAUGUGUAAUGAAAUGACAUUGAUGCGGAAA